GACAAGAGCUACCAGAAGGGCCUCGGGCUUAUACCGCAGGGUCAGAGCUACCUGAAGGGCGUCGGGCAUAUGCUGCAGGGUCAGAGCUACCUGAAGGGCGUCAACCUUAUGUUUCGAGGUCAGAGCUACCUGAAGGGCGUCGGGCUUAUGCUGCAGGGUCAGAGCUACCUGAAGGGCGUCACGCUUAUGUUCCGAGGCCAGAGCUACCUGAAGGGCGUCGGGCUUAUGUCGCAGGGUCAGAGCUACCUGAAGGGCAACGGAGGUCGUGGUCCCAAGGCCGUGAAGUUAAUCCUCAGGAUGUCCGUGAAGGACGUCACCGCUGGGAAGGACCACAAUGAGGAGUUCAUCGCCUACGUCGAGGCCGAAGUAUCCGAGUGUCCCGCGAGGGCCGGUGAAGCAGGGUGGCCGUCAUGGGAGUUUCAGUGCGGACAGAAGGCCCCGUACCAGAUCGUGAUGCCGAUGGUGAUGCUCGGCUUCUUGGAGCAGGUUCUGCUGAAGCAAAAAACAGACAUGAUUGACAUUGAGGCGAAGGCGGUGACGGAGUUGAUGAAGCUCCCUGAGUACACGGCGGAGACCGGAGCUAUUGAUUUUCAGGACUAUUUGUACCUGGCGGAGCAGCAGAUUGCAACUCUUGCUGCAGGUGCCAGCGACUGGUGGGCCCAAACCUUGAGGGUGGCCCAGUCCGCGUAUGCCGAGUACCAGACCUUAAGCCCGGUGAAGCGGCUGAGUGUCAGUGCUGUUUUGACGCCAGAGCUGCGAGAUCCCAAGUUUCAGAAGCUGGAGCGCAAGGUGGCCUCGCUGGUGCUGGCAUCACUCCCAAAGGGGGUGAGGGACGACCUCAUCGCCUACCGCGUGCAAGGGGUCCACCAGAUCCUUUACCGCCUGAUGGUAAUCUUCCAGCCGGGUGGGGCUCAGGACAGAGCACAGUUGCUGAAGCAGCUUGAUGUGACAGAGUCUGCAAGUAGCCCAGGGGAGGCUAUAAUAUCUAUCCGCAGGUGGUUUCGCCUCCUUCAGCGUGCCCGUGACCUUGGGGUGACCUUGCCGGAUGAGUCGUUGCAGGUGAAAAGUUUGUCGAUGAUUGUAAGGCGUGUGGCUGAGCAGAACAGUGACUUCAAGUUCCGCUUGGCUUUGGCGCGGACGGAGUUGCAAGUGGAUAUUCGUCCAACUCCGGACAAUGAAGACGAACUCAGCUACGGCAGCUACCUCACCGGCAACUACGACAUCGACGACAACCGGGACUACAGGAGGAGUGCCCCACCAGCUCUACGUACCGGGCCGACAUCCAUGACUACCGGGCUGAAUGAUUCAGGCUCAGUGGGGACGUCUACAGCCCCGCCAGCUGCUACUGUGGAGACAGGUGCACCUGGAACGCACAACAAAAUGGAUGCCACCAAGGUAGCAGAAGUUCUGAAUGAGACGAACAAGAUGCUAAAGGCUUUGACAACUCAGCAGGCGACCUCGUCGGCGGCAGCUACACCUCCUCUGGACCCCAUCGAGAUGAUCCAGAAACAGCUGGACGAGGUGCGAAGGCUGAAGGUUUUGGUGGUUCGUGAGCCUCGGGAGCCGACUACCGCGUUCGAUGGUGCAGUGUCUUGGUAUGAGACUCGCUUGAAGGCAACGACCGUUGAUGAUGGCGAUCGGGGUGAUGAAGGAGAAGCCCUUUUGGAUAGUGGGGCGAGUCACGCGUUUAGGCCGCCCGUCUCGAAGGACGAGCUGCUGUCGUCGCGCAAGGUGGGAGUGUCUUUGGCGACUGGGGAGGAGCGAUCUAUCCCUCAGAACUCAGGAGGGACGUUGCUUGGUGAGAGCGAGAGGGACUCUACGAUCCUACCAAUGGGCCAGCUGGUGACCUUGCUUGGUUGCCGGGUAACUUGGACGCCCAGCAAGUUGACAGUCGUCCACCCGGUGCAUGGGCGAUUGCAGGUGAAGCUGCGUGGCCACUGCCCAGUGUUGCCGGUGACCCAGGCGCUGUCCUUGAUCUCCGAGCUGGAGCAGAAGCGGAUGGAGUCUUUUGAGCGUACAGUACAAGAUUUACAGCUCCAGGUCAAGACCCUUAAGGAGAAGGGCUUACAAAGCUGGUCUUGGGAAAGCCACCUACAAGCUUUGCGGACGAGCGGGGAUCGCACGCACUUUGCGGGCUUCCUCCACAAGAAUCCGGUUUUCUCCACCGUGAAGGCGGAAGUGUUGUUGGGAGUUCCAGAGUACAUUCCACGAGAGGACCGAGACGGAUGGAACUUGUUGAAGGGGACCCCUCUACCGCGGGCGAAGCGCAAGGCCCUCUACCAGAGCGAUGGAUGGGUUGUUCAUCUGUUCUCCGGUGACUCGAAGUUGGAGAAGGUUAAGUCGAGCAAAGAGGUGAAGGCAGGGUUUUGGGCCGAUGCCUUGACAGGGAACGAUGUGAUGUUCAAUGUGGACCUGACGGACUCCAGGUUCAUGGAUGUGACACAGCGAGACAGCAUCUUUCGGGUGUUAGCCUGGGGAGCCCUCAGCGGGAAGAUCAAGUCCAUAGUCGGUGGCCCGCCUCGCCAGUCCUAUCCUACAAGCGUCGAGGGCAAUGCCACUCAGCAGCAUUCCAAGGAGGAGCAGCUGAUUGUCAAGAUGAUGACCCUCUACUACUUAGCCCAAGAGGGGAGGACGGCGUUGUGGCACACUGGGAGACUGAGGACUAUGAUAAAGCCCCAUGUUGGUUUCUUGAUCGAACACCCGCGUGUAGAUGAAGGACCGCUUGUAUCUUUGUUUCAGAUGCCGCUGUGGAAGAUGUUUGCGCUUGACACCAUGAUGGGCGAGGUCCCGUGCCUGGUCAACGAGCGGAAGGUCACCCUGGGUGGCAACCUUAACUUGUGGCACCUACGUGAUGAACACCUUGGAGGUUCAGGCUCAGCUGAGAUGGGCUCGGUGUGGCCUGUAGAGCUAAUUGCUCACCUUGCUGGAGGGCUGAGAGCCUGGGUGGGGCUACGAAAUCAUGAGAGUUUGUUGUCGUCCUUGGUGAGAUCUUCUUGGGUGCAGGAUAAGGAGGAGCUUAACCUCAACAAGUUCGACGUCCACGACUGGACCCUUUCGAGUGAAGGGAAACGGCGGCUACCGCUACUUGCUUGUUGGGUGUUACCGGCACCCGAAGUUGAAGGACCUGACGAUGGACAAGAUUGGAUCUUGGAGGACUCCGACGGCGGCGAGGAGGAGGGGGAUGGUGAUGAUGUCGACAAGGAGGUAGAGGCCCUCAAGGAGUUAGCCGCGCCAGUUGAGUUUGUUUCCGUUUACUUAUCGCGACCGUUGAGGACCCGAAAGAAGGUUGAAGCUCUGAAGGCGAUCCAGGAGAUGUAUAUCCAGCUGCGAAGCUCCGGGUUUCCUGUGAAUCGUCUACACAUGGAUCGAGCCAGAGAGUUUCAGUCGGGCGCUUUGGAGCAUUGGGCAGCGGCCAGGGAUAUCGAGUUGACUCGUACCCAAGGUUCCGAUCCUGCUCAAAACGGAACCGCCGAGCGGGCAGUUGGCUAUGUGAAAAUGAGGAUGCGCAUACUCUUGGCCCAGGCUAAGGAGCUGAGUGGUUUGGGUGAUGAUGUCAUAAAGACCUUUUGGCCUAUGGCGGCAGACACAGCAGUGGCACAACAACAGUCUAUGGCGUUGGGUCGGAAGUUUCCCUCAGCUGCAAGGUUUGGUUCGCGAAUCUACACCAAGCGCAAGGGCUAUGGGACUGGUGGGUCCUUUGAGUUGAAGUCCAAGUGGAUUGGUGGUGUUUAUUUGGGUCCAGCUCGGACCGUUCCCGGAGGACACCUUGUUUACACCGACGAGGCUAACCUCUGGUUCACAACGAAUGUUCGCCAGUUUGAGGACAGAGCUGUUGCGCAUACCUCUGACGGCUCUGCGGAACGUGAUCUACUACCAGCACGCAGAGUGAAGGGGAAGACGUCGGUUGUGGAGCUGGCGAGUGGUGCGGGUCUGAUGCCUGGGGUGUUGCCUCUUGAGGAGGCUGAUCCCUUGGAGGAGGGAGAAUCCUUGAAGGCUUUGGCCAUGUUGGCUGAGUCGUCUGGUUCGGAGGUGGAAAUGGGUAUGGAACCUUUGAUCCAUGAUGGAGUUCACCUUUGCGAACUAGAUGGAGAGAGCCCUACGACGACCUGUACUACAACCCCGCUUAGGCAAGCUAAGGGUCUCGCUGGUCAGUUUCUCCGGGAGAAGAGGUUUUCUAUGGAAGACUGUUUGAGUGUCCUGGAGGAGGAACAGUUCAAGAAGACCCAAAAACAGCGAAGUUCCGCGUGGAAAGAGAACGAUCCGCCUCCGGUGCACACCACGUUGGGAGCCUACCAACGGGGGCCGUUUGUGGGAAUAACGAACGCCACCAAGAAGCACGAGACCUUGGCCAAGUACCUCUCCGAGUUCAUGAAACGACAUGUGGGUUCGGAGGCUUCCUUCUCGUCGUUUACGGUUGCCAAGGAUCUCUGUACUGAUGUACACAGUGAUCGAUUCAAUCUACGAAAUUCCACGAACUAUGUCCUCACCCUGGGUUCCUUCGAGGGCGGGGGAAUUUGGCAGCAAGGCACAAGUGAUGAGUUUGCUAAGGUGUCGGUUGAGUCGUCCCAGGGCGAGGUCUUGGAGGGCUUUGUGAUGCCGGUCAAGGCCAAGAUUGUUCGUGUUGAUCCUAAAAGGUUACACCGAACGAUGCCUUGGUUGGGUGGCCCCAAGUGGACGGUGAUAGCGCAUACUAUUGGCCAAUUUGGCAAACUCAAGGAUGAGGAGGUGGAAGCGUUACGUCAACUCGGGUUUCCUGUAGAUGAGGUUGGCCAAGCACAGCAAUCCUCACAGCCGGUGGUUGUUGACCUUCCUCAAGGCGCUCAAGCUGCUGUAUGGCAUCUGCGUUAUUCUCCGGUUGAAGCCGAUGAAGAGAUGCUAUCGAGAAUGUGGACAAGGAGGGUGCUGGAUGAGGAGGAGCAGCUUGCAAGGGUUGUCCCGGAGGAGCUCGUUAUGGAAUAUGAGGGUGUCUUGGAGGCCAACGCAGAGGUUGUCUUCACGGUUGCCUUAGAUGAGGUGAAGCAGUACGCUGGGCGGUGGUCAGAGGCGAUCCAUAAAGAAGCAAGAGCCCUCCUUGAUGCAGGGGCAUUGGUUCCGUUGACAGCUGAGGAACAAUCCAGAUUGGAGCGAUCUGGAAAGCUGGUGGUGCUGCCGGCCAAGGGAGUUUUUACAGUUAAGCCGCCGGAGCUUGAAAGACUGUUGGAUGAGAAUGGUGAUCCUUAUCCAAAAGGCUCUCCUCGCUUUGUGAAGCGCAAGGCUCGGCUGGUUAUAUGUGGAAAUUUCCAGGGGCGACAGGCCAAGGAGGAUUCCUACGCGGGCGGUUGUCAGAUUGACAGCUUGCGAACCAUGUUGGUUUUGGCUGCGGCUAAGGGGUGGAGCAUUGCGUCCACCGACAUUCGGAAUGCCUUUAUCCUGGCCCCGAUCAAGGAGGAUGAAGAAGAUGAUGAUGAUACCGUGUAUGGGCUGUUUCCUCCUCGAAUAUUCCAGAUGGUGGUGGUUCCUUACUGCUAUCAGCUAUGGCGAGUGGAUAGGGCCUUGUAUGGUUUUCGACGGAGUCCAAGACUAUGGAGUAAGUUCCGGGAUCGCAGAUUAAGAGCAGCUCGAGUACCGCAUGGUGAAGGGUUUCUUACUCUAAGGCAAUGCAAGGCCGACGAGAAUGUGUGGGCGAUUGUGUACCAGGAGCCCGACAAACAGGAGGAGGUCAAGGGCUACAUGAAUAUCUAUGUCGACGAUGUCCUGUAUGUGGGCCUCCCCGAGAUUAUUACGGUGCUACAACAGUGGCUGACGUCGGAGUGGAAGGCCUCAGAUUUGACAUGGGCAUCUGAGAAUGAGAUUAUUCGGUUCCUUGGUUUGGAGGUGGGUCUCUAUCAAGGAGGCGUGAGGAUCGGCCAACAAGCCUACGUGGACGAAUUGAUCCGACACCACAAGCUACAAGAUGCCAGAGGGUAUGGUACGCCCUGUCCUCAAGAGUGGCUACUGGGUGAAUGUGAAGAUGUUGAAGUUGAGUACACGGCCGAGCAGUUACGCAAGGCCCAGGUUUUGACUGGGGAGCUGUUGUGGCUGAGUGGCAGGAGCAGACCGGAUCUGAUGCACAGUGUGGCCACGAUGUCCUGCCUUUGCAUUAAGAACCCAGAGCUUGUGGAACGUAUCGGCUACCGUGUGUUGGGGUAUCUUAAGGCCACGGCGGAGGUUUGUUUGUGGUACAAGCCAGAUCUUUCUGUGGAAGAAGUUCUGGGCUAUUCAGAUGCAUCCUUUGCCGCAAGGCAGAGCCUUGUGGCUUUGUCUGUAGCGGAAGCAGAGUUGAUAGAGGCGGUGAAUUGCGUGCAGAUGAUGUUGGGCUUGGCAGCCUUUGCGGACGAGCUUUGGGCUAUGAAGACGAG